AUGGCCGGACUGUCUUUCUUUGAGUAUCCUGAUAUCCAUGACGUAGGGAAGGAGGGGGGCAAGGAGGAGCGAGACACUGUCUUACCAGAAGAGCAGCGUUUGCUUCAGAGGCGAAGUUCCAUCGCCACCUCGCUGAACAAGCGUCUGCUGUCCUUCAGUGUUGGCGGUGGGCGAGUGAGUUCCAUCCGCCGGCUGGUAUUUAACGUGAACGGGACCAGGUUCGUGGCCUGGGAGGACCAGUUCGACAGGUUCCCCCACACCCUACUCGGAUCAGACAGCCUUCGGCGAGUCUUCUACGACGCCGAUACGAAGGAGUACAAGUUUGACCGCUGCCCGAAGGUCUUCAAGCACAUCCUCAUGUAUUACCGCACGGGGGUCCUGCAUUUAUCCAGUGACGUUUGCCUGUCCACCUUCAUAGAGGACUUGGAGUUCUUCAGGAUUUCUCUGGACGAGAGCCUCGGAACCUGCUGUUACGAAACAUAUCAGUCGAUCAGAGAGGAGUUUCUCGGCAAAGACCCUUUAGGAGAAGUGAACCCAGAUCGGACAAGAAGCCAGAGCCCCACGACUUUACGACAAAAGAUGUGGCAAGUAUUUCACGAUGUUCCCGGGUCCGCUUACGGCAGUGCCUUCAACAUGGUUGUGGGAUACUUCAUCGCGAUCACGGUCAUAUCGAACAUAGUGGAGACAGUUUCAUGCGGCGAUCGCUACUGUGACACCUGCGAUAAACUCUAUCCCUGGGUGUUCGAGUGUAUCGACACGGCCUGCGUCUCGAUUUUCACGCUGGAGUUUUUCAUGAUGCUCUUUGCUGCACCGAAUAGGUGGAAUUUCCUGAAGAGCUUCGUGACUCUCAUUGACGUUGUCGCGAUUCUGCCAUUCUACCUGAACUUUCUGGUGAGGAGUGACGGAUUUUCGUCUACGGUUCUACGGUCACUCCGCGCGUUCCGGAUCCUGCGCUUCGGUUCUUCUUCCCGCGGAUUGCGAAUGUUGGUCAUGACUUUAAAGGAAUGCAUGAGCCAGCUGGCUGUCCUGUUCUUCGCCAUGUUCAUAUUUGGCAUCAUCUGCUCCACUCUGAUUUUCUACGCGGAGAGUCCCGAGAACAUGACGUUUUCCAGCAUCCCCGCCACGUUCUGGUACGUGAUCGUGACCAUGGCGUCCGUAGGGUACGGCGACAUGCUUCCCAAAUCUACCGUGGGUAUGACUCUAGGAGCCGUGUGUUCAGUCUUCGGCGUGGUCUUACUAACAAUACCUUUAACCAUCGUUGGAACAACCUUCAGUCGGAUGUACAAGAAAAUCAAGAUCGCACAGGUAAAGACAACUGAAAGACGAGAGAAUCAGACUGGAAGAGAGAUGUUACCCUGGACACAAAAUGACAGAACAGUACAGUUGACUGAGAGGUAA